AAUUAAUAAUAAAUUGUUGAAAUAUUAUAUUACAAAAAAAAAUAUACCUAUAUUAUAUUUGACAUGAAAAAGCUCAAUUGAUUUUUCAUCAUGAAGAAAAGAAAAAUGAAAAAUAAAACAAACUAAAUUCAUUAAAAACUUUUUAACCAAUACAAAGACAAAAUAGAUAAAAAAAAAAUUUAAGUUUGGCAAGUUGUUUGUUGUAAUUCGCAAUGCGGUUCGCGCCCAUCACCGGUAAAAUGUUGCAGACAAAAUUGUGAUGAUAGCUGUGUAUUUUCAUAGACCAAGCAUGCGCGUAGAUUAAAUUUAAGUUUGUAUGGGAGAGUCAUUGGUGCAGCCGGGUGGGUACGAGAGUGGCUGACAUGCUAUCGUGACUCUAGUUUCAUUCUAGCAGUUUACACAACAAUAGUGUUUUAUUUUUCAAAAAAUACAAGAAAAAAAAAAAAAACAACAAAUUGCCGGUUGUUAUGAUAAAUUAUUAUUUUUUUUUAAUUUUGUAAAUAGACGAGAGUCAUCAUAGGACAAAAUCACUGUACACUUUGAAAUGGGUGGCAGAAAAUUUGAAAAUCGGCGGAGAAGAGAAGGAAAAAAACUUGGCAGCAAUCGCAUGUAGCAUUCGGACACAGAUAUGAUGAAGCCAACGAUGAAGGUGGGACUUAUUGCCUUCAUUGGUUUAUGUGUAUUAUUUUAUCAAUAUCAUUUAUCGAAUGUCGUUCGAUAUGAUCAAUUGGCCAGUUUCAAUGGUGCUGAUUCAGCAGCAUUUAUUUCACUCGAAGAUGACAAUGGAUCUCGUAAAAUUACAGAAGAUACGAUUAAAAAUGCUGUUCGUUCAGUGCAAUAUAUAAAAGGUUUAAGUCCAGAUAUAACAGAGUUAAUAAUACAAGAACUUUUGAGUCAAUUAUUGAUAAAAUCAACACAUGAUAAUACAUUAACACCAUCAUCAACAAAAUCAUCAAGUUUGGUAGAUUUAAAACAAGUCAAUAACACCCUUGAGCCAUUGUACAUCAUAACACCAACAUACAGAAGAUCAGAACAGAUACCAGAACUAACUAGAAUGUCACAUACAUUGAUGCUUGUUGAUAACAUACAUUGGCUUGUCAUUGAAGAUAGUAAAAUUCCAACAAAACAAGUAACACAAUUACUUGAACGUACUGGAUUAAAAUUUGAACAUUUAAUUGCACCAAUGCCAGAUAAAUAUAAAUUAAAAAAAGGUGCUAAACCACGUGGUGUAUCAAAUAGAAAUCGUGGAUUAAGUUGGAUCAGAGCAAAUGCAACUGAUGGUGUUUUUUAUUUUGCUGAUGAUGAUAAUACUUAUGACAUUGAUCUUUUUAAAGAGAUAAGACGAACAAAAAAAGUAUCAUUAUUUCCUGUUGGUUUAUGUACGAGUUAUGGUUUAAGUUCACCAAUUAUUAAAAAUGGUAAAUUUAUUGGUUUUUAUGAUGGAUGGAUAGCAGGACGUAAAUUUCCAGUUGAUAUGGCUGGUUUUGCUGUUAGUGUUAAAUUUCUUCAUCAACGACCAAAUGCCAUUAUGCCAUAUCGUGCUGGUUUUGAAGAAGAUGGAUUUUUAAGAAGUUUAACACCAUUUGAACCAACUGAAGCUGAAUUUUUUGGUGAUAAUUGUACACGUGUACUUGCAUGGCAUACACAAACUAAAAAAAAUAAUCCAAGUUUACCAUUAAAUAUGAAGAUACAUAAUAAUACUAAUCUUGUUCAACUUAAACAACAAAUUGUAUGAUAUGGAUUUAUUAUUUUGUUCAAUUUAUCAGUUGUUUUACUAAUUUUUUUUUGUUUCGUUAUUUACAUAAUGCAAUAAUGUGAUUCAGUGCCUAUGAAUGACUUUUUAUCUUGAACAACUAGAACUUUGUUGUUGUUGUUAUUAUUAUUAUUAUUAUUAUAACAAUUGUCACUUUUAGAAAUUCAUUGUUUUACCUGAUUUUAGUUUUAUUUAGACUUAAUUAAUACUGUAAAUUAAUUUAGACUUUUAUAAUUUAUUAAAAUAAAUUACUUAAUUUUUUUUUUUAUAUGUCGAAAAAAAAAAAAGUGAUAUAAAUUUUAAGCGCUUCCGAUUUGUGCACUGAGUACUUUGACCAGUUUAAUAAAAAAAAAAAAUUUUUUUCUCAUAAGAAAAAAAUAUAAUUAGUAUUUAUAAAAAAAAAAAAUUCUUUCAAUCAUAAAAUUUCUUAAAAAAUAAAUAAUAUUCCAUGAAAAUAUUUAAUAAAUUGUCUUAUACCAUAUUGACGAAAAUUUAUAUUAUGACUAUUAAAUAAUAAAGCAAUAAUAAUUCAAAAAAAAAAUUAAUUAGCCAUUUUGUUGAAAGAAAAAAUCAUUGAAAAAAAAAUACAAGGGCAGUUGCAGGGAUAGAAAAAAACUUUAUCAUUUGAAAUAAAAUAAAAUUGUUUGAUAAAAAAAUAACUCAUAAUUGAAUACCAAAAAUAUAAAAAUAAAUAAAACUAGUUAUUUAAUUAAUUGAAUUAUCUAUUGUAAAGAAAAAAUAUAGUUGAUAAGUUAUUUUUAUGUUAUCAGUUUGUAAAUAAAUAAAAUAAUUGAAAUGUAUAAAAAAAAAAAUAAAAUAAAAAAAUGUAUUACAAAUAAAAAUCGUAACAAUAAAUAAUAUAGUUUAUUGUGCCUCUUAUAAACAAAUUAAAAAUAUAAACUAUUAUUUAUUUAAUUAUUAAUCAUGUUAAUAUAAACAAAAUGAGUAAUAAAAUUUAUUUACCUUUU